AUGUCCGGCGCCAUACGUGCUCGUAAGGUGGAUUACACCGCGGAGAAAGACAUUGUUGGUCUUGAUGAUGGGGCUGACAAUGGCCUUUCCUUCGUGGACCUGCUUCCUCCAUUUCAAUGGUCUCAUGUGCUGAGUGAAAUUCAAUGGAUUUCAUUCACCGUCCUCACUAUCACACCAAUCCUGGCUCUUUAUGGUCUCUGGAAUGUGCCUCUUGAUAUGCGGACUCUUGCCUGGUCUAUUGCAUACUACUUUAUCACUGGUCUGGGUAUCACGGCUGGCUACCACCGUCUUUGGUCUCACCGCUCCUACAAUGCUUCCCGCUUUCUAGAAUAUGCUCUUAUGUGCAUGGGGUCAGGUGCUGUCGAGGGGUCUAUUCACUGGUGGUCGCGUGGGCAUCGUUCUCACCACCGCUAUACCGACACAGACCUCGAUCCAUAUGGUGCCCACACAGGUCUUUUGUGGGCGCAUGUGGGCUGGAUGAUUGUGAAGCCCCGGCGUAAGCCUGGACCUGUGGAUACAUCUGACUUGCGUAAAAAUCCAGUGGUAAUGUUUCAGCACCGCUUCUACAUUCCCAUGAUUUUGUUCUGGGGUCUAAUUUUCCCCACGUUGGUCGCAGGUCUGGGCUGGGGCGACUGGAAGGGUGGCUUUUUCUUUGCGGGAGUUGCACGUCUGGUCUUUGUGCACCACUCGACCUUUUGCAUCAACUCGCUUGCUCACUAUCUGGGUGAUGCAACAUUUGACAACAAGCAUUCGCCGCGUGAUAAUAUUAUCACGGCUUUGUGCACGGUUGGUGAAGGAUAUCACAAUUUCCACCACGAGUUCCCCAUGGACUUUCGUAAUGCUGUGAAGUGGUACCAGUAUGACCCAACGAAGUGGUUCAUUUGGUCCAUGUACAAGAUUGGCCUUGCUUACAAUCUCAAGACGUUCCCUGAGAACGAAAUUAACAAGGGCCGCCUUGUAAUGCAGCUUCGUGCCGCACACGACGAGGCGAAAAAGUUGAAGCUGUCUACGCCUGUUUCUGAGCUUCCUAUUCUCUCAUGGGAUGACUUUGUUCUUGAAGCUAAGACAAAGCCAUUGGUUGUUGUCCAUGGCUUUAUCCACGAUAUGUCUACGUUUAUGGAUCAACACCCCGGUGGACGAAAUUACAUUGCUGCCUACAUUGGCAAGGAUGCGUCUGUUGCGUUCCAAGGUGGCGUUUAUGAACACUCCAAUGCCGCUCAUAACCUUCUAUCUAUGAUGCGGGUCGGUGUUUUGUCGGGUGGUAUGGAGAUCGCUUCAAGGAAACAAAACCAUGUCCCUUCUGCGACGCCGCUCUUGUGGGGAGAUUCUAGCAAUAUGACGAGCUCAGAGUCGGAUGAACCGCUCACUCCGAAGCAAGAUUGGAUCGAGGAGCCUACUAAGCGCGUCCGUUCUGACGCAGCUACCUAUAUUCCUCCGGGUGAAGCAUAUGGAGUCAUUGAACACAGAUCUCUCAACGAAAACGUCAAGAUGAAAGGCACCGCUUUCGGCAAAAUCAUGUAG